AUGCCCCUCCCUGCCGCAGAUGCCCUGCCGCUCUGUCCUACACGCGACCAUAUCCGUCGACGCAUCGGCGAGAUCGAGGCCGGGGCCGUCGAGAAGCCGGGUGCAAGUAGGCUGACAACCGCCCUGGAGGAGGAAAGGCGGAGGCUCUACAUGGACUGGAACAGUACGCUCUCCAUCAACCGCCUUCCCGCCGAGAUCCUCCUCCGCCUCUUCGCCGCCUGCUUCCAGCCCGCGCGCCCCGUGUCCGACGAACUGCCCAAGUGGACGCACCGGCGGCGCAAGGUGCUCCUCCUCGUCUGCCGCAAGUGGCGCGAUCUCAUCGAGGCCACGCGCACGCUCUGGUCGUUCAUCACCCCUUACAUGCCCCCACGGCUCUACACACUUGUUCUUUCACGUGCGGGAGAGGCGAACUUGGAUAUCUCAUUCGAGCGUCAACCGGGGUCUCCGGCAUCCGUGGACAUCUCUCUUUCCCCCGACCUCGCACCCCUCUCUCUUCCCCAAGAUGACAUCCAACGGCUCAAUGACACAGAAGACUCGGAAGAUGACGAAAACUCAGGCGAGAGCGAGGGCGAGGGUGAGGGUGACGAAUACUCAGCUGGCAACCUUUCCUCGGAGCCAGGGCCAUGGAUUAUCGAAGAUGGAGACUCCGCGUUCUGGUCGGAAGCCGCGGGGAUGGCUAUCGCUGCCGAGUCGUACAGGACGAGCACUCUUGUUCUUUCUGAUGAAGAGGACGACCGCUGCUACUCCCUGCCAUUUCUCAAAAUGCUUUUCCACGACAGAGCCUGGCCCGUUCUUGAAGAGCUCUAUGUCGAUUUCGACGCGAUCAAGUCCCCUGGUCCGGUCUCUAGCAUUCUCCGCCUCACCCGCGCGCGCUUCCCCAGACUCCAACAUCUCCAACUCGAAGGCAUGGUCCUGCCCAUCGAGCCGAAACUGUUUCCUCGCCUCCGGUCGCUCCACCUCAGCGGUCCUGUGACACAGUGGCCACCUCUCGAGGACGUCCUCAUCUGUCUUUCUUCGGCUCGUUAUCUUGAAGAUCUGUGCCUUUCCCUGGAGAGAGGUGGAUGGGCCCAGGAGGUGUUGCGAGAACCCCACUAUCCACCACCCACGUCCCCGGUUCGUCUUCCCUUGGAGCUACCCCAUUUGCACUCCCUGUCCCUGCAUUACAACAAAGGAGCGUGGCCCACUCUUGAAGAGCUGUUUGUCGAUUUCGACGGGAUCAAGACCCCUGGCCCGGUCUCCAGCAUCCUCUGUCUCACCCAUACGCGCUUCCCGAGACUCCAACAUCUCGAGCUCGAAGGCAUGGUCCUGCCCAUCGAGCCGACAAUGUUUCCUCUCUUCAGGUCGCUUCGCCUCAGCGGUCCUAUGAUGCAGUGGCCACCCCUCGAGGAUCUCCUCGUCUGUCUCUCUUCAGCCCGUUAUCUCGAAACCUUGACCCUUGACCCGGAAAGACCUGCCGAGAUGUUGCGACCACCUCACAAUCCACCACCCACGUCCCCAGUUCGUCUUCCCUUGGAGCUACCCCAUUUGCGCUCCCUGUCCCUGCACUCCAACAAAAACGACGACAUGAUGAUGCUCCUUCGUGCCAUUCCUCUCAUCAGGCCCACUACUUUGGAUUUCCUCUACUUAUCGAACGGAGACUGGCGUCAAGUUGCACCCAACGAAUCCGGCCGCAGUUUGAGCAUCCUCGACGCCUUCUUCCCGACCCGCGCGCCGGAUGCAAUGCCGAUGCCGAUCCCCCCUUCGGUACGAAAGCUAUACGUCUUAGUCCCCGAGUUCACGGGGUUCUCCGCGAACGACCGUGACAGUGGAACGCUCGGGGGGACCAGGCUGUUCACUUGGGAAGCCUUUCCAACCCCUGAUGACCCCGACAUGUACGGUCUGUCCAACGCCAUCGACGACAUACUCACGCUCUUCCGGCACAUCCCCCUCACCCAGCUCGACUUGAUCACCUUGCACUCGGUGCAUCCCGCCGACGGCCGGUGGGACGAGAUCUUCGGCGCGUUCCCUGCGCUCGAAUACCUCUACCUCUGUGGAGAGGGCACUCCCAUCGCCUUCCUCCGCGCGCUCACCCCUUCCUCCGAUCGCUCUACCGCGCCGUGCCCGGCCCUGGAGAGCUUGGAUUACGAUGCGACACCAGCGAGCGAGGAGGACGUGAAGGCAACCUUGGAGGCGACGGUCCGCUGCCUCCGCGCACGGGCGGCACGUGGGAUGCGCCCCCUCAAUGCGCUCGAGGUCUCCAUCAGCAUGAACAUGCUUUCAGAGAGACGCGAGGACGGCGUCGGGUCGUUUGCCGGGGCGUUUCUCGCGCAGAUGCGGGAGCUGGUGGCGGGGGAAGUCACGUUCGAGUAUGGGCCGUACACAGUGACAUGA